AUGGCGAACUCGGCUGCUAGAUGCGACACAUCUUCGUCGUACCUCUAUGGUAGGGAUAUUAUGAAUCUAUUCGUCAUAUUUAUGUCGAUAGGUGUCAUGGCCAACUCGCCUCCCAACUAUCACAUCUCCACCCUGGGCUCUGCCGGUAGCGCAGUUGAUCCGGAAACCAUCAAGCCAGACAAGGCGGGCAAUUAUCCUCCCAUCAUGCACUACAAUACCAUCCCAUCCGAUGGGCUGAUCGGUGCUGUCAACGGCAUGCUUUCUGGUGUGACAGCCUAUGCCGGUGCCCAAUUGUUCGUGGAGUUUUUGGCUGAGAUGAAACGGCCCCGAGACUUCAUCAAGGCAAUGUGGGGUGCUCAAUUCUUUAUUUAUGCCGUAUACCUUAUGUCUGGCUGUGUGGUGUAUCACCUUCAAGGACAGUACAGUUACAACCCGAGCUAUCAAGGGGUCAGCAUUUACGCAUGGCAGACUGUGGGUAACAUGGUCUCCCUUCUGGCUGCUCUGAUCUCAGGAGGUCUUUACGGUAACAUUGGCAUCAAGGUUUUUUACAACAAUGUUUUGCUUGAUAUUUUCAAGGUCCCUCCUCUUACCACUACACGUGGAAAGUUCAUCUAUGCUGCUUUGGUUCCUCUUUGGUGGAUCAUCGCUUUUAUCAUCGCUGCAGCCAUUCCUGAUUUCUUUGGAUUUGUCAGUGUUGUCGCAGCUUCAAUGCUUUUGAACCUAACAUACGCUUUUCCUCCCUUGUUUGCCUUGUGCUUUGACAUUCAGAAGAAUGCUCUCCGGGGGUCCGAUGGCGAAGGGUUCGAUCCCGUGACUGGACGCGUUUCCAGGAUUGAUACCGCCUCCAGACGCUGGAUCCGAGGAUUCAUGGCCGGUGGCCCGUUUCAAGUGGCUAUCAACAUCUGGCACAUUAUAUACUUCUUAGCGGCUCUUGCCAUGAGUGGACUAGGCAUGUACGCAGCCAUUGUUGGUCUGGUCGAUGCCUUCAAGAUUCCGCAGUUGACCUCGUUCUCCUGUGUGUCUCCACUUAACUUGGGUUAA